UCCUGAUACAAAUAGGUUUCCCUCCCGUGUCUUAAAGGGGUAACGCAGUAGAGAUUCGGCACCGAGGCAAGGGAGCAGUGCCCGGAGAAAUCGAAACCUAACUGCUGUCGAGACAUUUUUUUUAAUUUAAAAAUUGUGCCACAGAGCUACCCAUCCACUGCUGAAAGUCUUACUUUCAGCUCAGCUCGCGCCAAUGACACUAAAGUAAACUUAGCUCCUGAUCAAUAAACUUCCUCUCUUGGAAGGUAAGUUGGGUCAGUCACGCCAUUUUUUUCUUAUCAAGCUUCCCAUAAUGCUAAUUAAUAUCAAGACGAGCGUCUUUCUCUCCCAGAAUGGACCCCAUACGGAAGCAACGUAGGAAAGAGAUAGGUGAUGCUCUGAGAUUCAUACAGUCUUCUCUGCCUUUUCCGGACUCUGGAGGCUACCAGGACUUCCUGAUCAAGUUGGUGUGCGACCUUCUCAACGAGGGCAAUUGCUGGUACAGAGACGGCUGCGGCAGUCAGGCAGUGAGGGAGUUCAGUGAAGCCUUAAAUGUUUCCCACUACGCCUCAGCAGAGGACAUCCAGAUUCCUCAGGUGUUACUGGAGAGCCUGUAUGUCAACCGGGCGACUGCCUACCACAGCAUGAAGGAAUACGAUGAGUGCGUGAAGGACUGUGACAAAGCCAUGGAAGUGUGUAAAAAAAGCCACAGGUUGCUCUACUUGAAGGCCAUUUGCCUGAAGCAGCUCGGCAAGUACAAGGAGGCUUACGACUGCACCAGGGAGUGUAUGCUCACCACGCAUCAGGACAAACAGGUGAACGACCUUGCAGAGGAACUUGCCAAGCACCUGGGACUGAAAAAACGAAAACCCUAUGUGUCUGCCCAUGUCGGAAACGACAUGAACUCUUUGAGUCAAAAUGCAGCAGUCAGUUUAUACGCCGUGCCUCAAUCUGAGCUUCCUGCCAAAACAAAUAACGGGCACCCGCCUGCCGCCGCCGACCUGCAAAGCCUGGAGUCGUUGGAGGACGGUCAGCUCAUAGGCGAUGACUUGGACAGCCUGCUGGACUCCAUGCCUAACGAACGGGAGGCUGCCGAGAUCGCCGUCCUCGAGGUAGCUUCACUUCCCAGCAAAGAAAGCACUUUGACGCUUCCAGCUCCGACGCCUCGCCUCCCGCCAGCCUUCUUCAACUCCACCAUUAGCCAUUUGAACUCCACUUCACUUGGUGGCCACAACUCACUGGAUACCCUGGAUGACCUCUCCCCUCCCCAGGGCGGCGACUCUUCAGAUAACCUUUCUGGGGGUGCAGAUGCUCCCAAGUUGAAUUCCACGAGGCUGGAUUCUUUGGAUGAGCUGUCGAAGGCGCCGCCGUGUGCCAAAGCCGCCGAGGCUGAUCGGUGCAAAACGGAGAUGAAAGAGCAAGACAAGUCGCUUGAAGAUCUGCUUGUGGAGCUGCAACCCGUGGGGAUCACGUGUGACCCUUCGGCCCCGGCCGGAUGCCUUUCUGGUGUGGACAAGCUGGACUCCCUUGACUCGCUGGAUUCCUUUCCCUCGGUGGAAGGUGGGAAGGCGACUUUGCCGGUGCUGCCAGAGGUGGGAACAGGCCUGGACCAACUCUGCAAUUUCAGCUCCGCUGGUGACUCCGCCACAGCCUCCAACAGCGUGGCCUCUCCAAUAAAGAGACCCCAACGAGCCAACAAGAAGCAGAAAAGUACGUGCACGUCCAACUCAAACCCUCUGUCUGCCACCCAUGAGUUCAUGCAGGCGUGCUCCACAUGCUUCCCUCGCCGAGGUCAGGGGAUAUUCACCUUCGUUCACAAGCCUGACCUGGUCCACAGUUGUGAGCGAGACAUCCUCCUAUGCAGACGAAAGGAAGCUAGUCCUACAGAGUGGACCCGAGUGCGACAACCACCUACGUGGACGUCCUUCACAGGGCCGUUUGUUCUCUGCAGAGAGCUGCUGAAGUCCGGAGAUGCGGGCCUGUGCAAGUUUGGCGAGAAAUGCACGUUUGCCUUCAACCAACUGGAGAUUGACGUUUGGACAGAGGAGAGGAAGGGAACUCUGGAUAGAAAUCUGCUGUUCGGACCAACCGUCGCCGUCAAGCUGGACCCCGCCAACAGCAUCAUCCGCCUCGUGCAGGAACACAAGGGCAUGUUCAUAUUCCUUUGUCAGGAAUGCUAUGAUGGCAAACCUCGCAUCAUCAGUAAGCGCUGCCAGGAAAACGACACCCUGUGCUCCAACGCGGAUGCCCGCCACUCCUUCGACGCCAACAAGUGUUUAGCCUUUGUAGUGAAGACCACCAACGUCAACUACAGAAAAGUACGUCCCCUCAGCGUGCUGGCGCUCUUUGAAUUGUGUCCGCAAGUCUUUCGGUACGGCUGCCUGAGGGAGGAAAGCUGCCGUUACGCUCACUCCGUCAUUGAGCUGAAGACGUGGAGGGUGCAGCAGGACACAGGCAUCAGCCCUGAUGAGAUUGUUAAAGUGUCAACACAAUAUCACGAGAAGCAGAAGGAGACUUCAAGCAGCCAGCGAUUCAACAGACCGCCUGCUGCUGCUAACGGCGAGAGCAAAGCCAAAGGCGGUAACCUGAACAUGAAGAUGAACUUCGCCUGUGCUCAGUGCUGGCGAGGCGGCAACCUCAGCACGCCAGACAAAACCCUCAAGUACUGCAGCGCCAAGGCCAAGCACACGUGGAAUAAAGAGCAAUGCACGCUUCUGGUGAAGACCUUGGAUAAGAGUAAAUGGGUUCCUGUCAGACCGCUGCCGCAUUCCGCCAAGAACUUCCCGACGCAGUAUGAAAUGUGCAACCAGGUAUUGGAGAAAAAGAAAUGCAACUACAGCGGGAAAUGCACCUUCGCCCACAGCGAAGAGGAAAAGGACAUGUGGAUGUACAUGAAGAAUCAAGACAUCCGGGACAUGCAGCAAAUGUACGACAUGUGGUUGGCAUUGAGCACCCACAGUCGUCAAGGAGACGGCGCCGUGCUCAGCCAGUCGGCCCCGGAAGAGAAAUACAUCGUCAUGCCAAUGGACAACGCUGAGCAAAUGAGUGGCUUCUACUGUCGUCUCUGUGGGAAGCACAGCAACGGCGAGCGACAGUGGCAGCAGCACAUCUCCACGCUGAAGCACAGGGAGCGCGUGUUCAGCUGCGAGGGAGAAGACGUGGCAUUGACGUGGAAGUACCGCUUCCCCGGCUCCUGCUUCCGGCUCUGCUCCAAGUGGGAAGGCGGCUGCCCCGAUGGCGUCAGUUGUGACUCCGCCCACAGUCCCGAGGAGCUGCAGGAGUGGUUGGAGAGGCGGGAUAUCCUGCGUCAGAGGUUGGCCAAAGCCAGGGAAGACAUGCUCAUCAUGCCAGAUGAGUUUGACUUUGGGAAGUACAACUUUCUACUUCAAGAGUCCGACUAAGAACCACAAAAAAAAAAAGAACUGUGAUAAGUGAAAGAUUUUUUUAUUGUUUACUUGCCGUUGGCAGACAUUUUAUGUCUGAUUUCUUUGCGCCUUUUUAAUUUCUGUGUGUUACUCAUGUAAUCAGAAGUUCACUGAUGUUUAUUCCAUGCAGCCAAUAUCUGUUAUAUUAUUAAAAUGGACUUUUAUCCAGGUUAUAUCAACAUUCAGCACAAAUGUCACAUUAGUAGUCACUUGGAGACGCGUUUUGAUUGGCAGAACUGUUUACUGUUCGUUUUUAUUUUGGAUAAAUUCCCAUUUGAUGAAAUGAUUCUUUGCCCUUGCAGUUUGUUUGAAAGAUGCAUCAUUUGAUUGAAAACGCCUGGGCCAGACUAAUUGUUUUAUGUAAACUAGAAUGUCUUUUUUUAUAUUAUUUAUUAUCUUAUUGCAGUUUAGCUCCUCUGGAUUUGUAUUAUUUUCAUAAACGCCUCAUUUAAACACCUCGUGACAUAUCAUGGUACAUUAAUAUGUCCUUAACGGAGACAACUUUUUAAGUUUCGCUUUAUUUUCCCCCCACAACUCAUCACAUCGUGCAGUACCUACAUGGCUCGCUAGGUGGCGCCUGCGCACCUCCCUCCCACACAGCUAUCUCGCACCACGUGCAGCCGUGCGUGGAGUCA